UGACAUACCCAAUCCUUUUAUAUUACCCAAAAUAAUUUAAUUUUUUCUUUAUUUGGAAUCUAAAUUAACUAUAUCGAACAAAUUCCUGGAUCACUAUUAACUAAUUGUCAAAAGACAGGUUGACUACGAUUAUCCAUACAUAGUAUAGUCAUCCUAACAUAUUCCAGACCAAUGUUUCUACUCUUAAAUACAAUAUCAAGUAACCAAGCUCUCGCCCCACGUCUGACCCAAGCCUGGUACAUUCUACUUAGCCGGGCAGACCCAAUGAUGUAAUUCUCUUCGAUACGUGGCUCCACGCAAAGACAACCAAAACUAUACGUAGAUUUCCAACUAUCACCUCUCACACACGAUAUAUCCUACCUCGUGCAUACUCAUUCCCAUUCCUUUCCUCAGAAUCAAGCAAAAGACGUCACUGUAUCAUCCCCAUACAAACACACGCAAACACAAUAAUUCCUACUCUAUCCAUACACGCAUCAUCGCAAACAAACUCGUACACAUAACGCUCCUACAAAAAGAAAAUACACAACUAUAGAAGUAAUAUCCAUGACACGAAACCUACAUACUCUCACACAAAGACACGAGCUAACGUUUCCCAGCUUGAUACACGAUUACACUCGGAAGCCAGUGAAAAGGCGAUCACCGACGAAUCUAUACGCACGUACACACUCAACAACGUACAUACUCACUGACACAUCGCUAAUACAGAAACAACAAUCGAUGUGUGAGUUAUUCAAACACAAAGGCGGAGAGAAACGCGACUCAUCAUGGACAGAGACUACCACGAUGGAAGAUCGGAGCUGGCGCACCAGUUUCCGCGUUCCAGCGGCGCACAAGCGCACAUACGAGCACACAGACACAGCAGAAGAUACACGCCCACACGUACAUCCACUACGAACACAAAGAAAGGCUCGUGUUUCACCAACACCUCGUCGGCUAGCCUGGCUUCAGUAAGCUCGGAGCUUUCGACCGGUCCAGUCGCCUUUCCCUUCGAUAUUCACGGUUGUCUCCUGCGUUAUCUAGUCGAUCGUACAUACUAUCGACGACAUGUGCGUGACCAGCCCAUGAUUCACCGUAUAUCGUACGAUUAUCGUCGAUAAGAGUGGAAAAAUACGGGGCUAUUUUCUACCGAGAUUCUUCGCCAUGUAAAAAGUCACCGAUAACAGACGAUUAUAGAGAAUUCUAGGGAUGGACUAGCCUGACACCUUCUUUAAAAGCCACGUAUCUCUCCUCACCUUUGUUAUAUCCGUAUUUGGAAUGCUUCCUUCGUGAGACAUUAACGAGAAACGACUAAUUUUAUUGUCCAGUCUGUUUUAACUCUUAGAUGUAUUUAUAGAUGACACAGUGUGUGCUUUCGAUUAAGAAGCUGCAUUGAAAAAUUGGGUGAAUAAAUAUAUUAUCGAUCGAUGAGAGUAAAUGAUUGGUUUAGAACAUCAGCGAUCUCGAUUUGACUAACGUGAAAAUGUAUAAAUUGAUCGCUAGUGAAACGGAGAUUGAAUGAAAAUUAUAGAUUAUUAAGAAGAUUAUUCGAAGGAAAUUGUUUUGAAAGGAUUACAUCGAAAGGUGGAUCGAGCGUCGGUUACAUGAGGUUAGAUAAGUUUAGGUGAAGGAUUGGUUGACGCAGUGCACGAACGUAGUCGAGGCUGGUGACACUGUUCCGGGAGCACCGGCAGCGGGAUCAUGACGAGCAGGACGGACAGCAUGCACGAUGCAACGAGGACCGCCUCGAGAUCGAUUCGAAGACCGUGGGAUCAGCUUGAUUACUAUAACGGAAAGCGGAUAGUGACGUGGAUGCCUGUCGCGCGAUUUGCUCGGGCUUGAUUUCUAUCUCGCUUUAGUUUAAAUCGGAAAACAAUUGUUUAUCGAAGUUGAUUAUCGUUCAAUUAGAAACACUACUAUUUAGAAGCUUGGAAACGAAGGUUCGAAGAUUUGAGAAUGAGAUUGGGAUUGGGAUUGAGUUUAAGAACGUAUUAAUAAUUAGGAAAUUAAAAAAGGAAAAUAAGUCCGAUUUAUAUUAAAUUAAACGAGAGGAAAAUGAACGUAGAAUAUAAGCUAAGGGUUUGGAAUUAAGAUUAGUCGACGAUUGACUAUAAACGACACUCUUUACUGGAGGUUCUUGUAAGUUUAGAGCGAAGAUUUUGAGAGGUGUACAUGAAGUACUCUGGCAGUGCAUUACGAAAUCAAGAGCGAAAGAAACGAGUUGUGAUUUGAAAACGGUCAUCGAUGUCUGACUAAAAACGAUCCUCCCUACUGAGAGAUUUUUUCAAGAUUAUAAUAUAAUAAUUAUUAACAUUAUUAACAUAAACAUUAGAAAGUUUGAACAGCCACAAGGUAGUUUCAUAAUUGUGUGUUACGAAACCAAAAAUGGAGGAGAGUAAACUUGAUCUCUGAUUUACUUCAACCAGAAUUCGAAAACGGGUGUCGAUAGAUGCCUAUUUUAAAACGAUAUUUCUUACGAAUUUGAAACGAAGCUCGAAAGGUUUGAGAUAGUUGGGAAAUAUAUAAGGAAGACAAGAAAUAAGCAUCUUUAUCUCUGAUAGACUUACCCCAGCUAGAAUUCAAAAAUGAUUAUCUAUUGACGUUUAAUUUAAAAACCAUACUUUUUACAAGUUUGAAACAAAGUUUGGAAGAUUUGAGGUAGUUUGAAAGCAUAUUUACUAUUACUACUAAAGAGAGGAAUAAACAAGUUUAAUUUCCAAUUUAACUUAACAAGCCUCCAUCGACGUCUAACUAGAAAAGAUACAAUCUACUAAGUGUUUGUAUAAGUUUGAAGUGAAGAUCUAAAGAUUUGGGCAGCCACAAGACGUCUGAGAACGAAGUAAGUUCCAUUUCCAACUUGCCUAAACUACGAUUCCAAAACGAGCAUUGAUCAAUGUCUGACUAAAAAGGACCCCUCCACUAACGAACCUUAGAAGGUUUGAGCCGUCCACAACAAAAUCUGUUACGAAACCAAGAUAUAAAAGAAGUAAGUUUCCACAGAAAAAUUGUGAUCUAAGAACGCUGAAUUGAAAAUUCAAGGAUAAAAGCCUCAAAAAACGUACUACUUGUAACUGGAGACAGUUGUCCAACUAGGAAUGGUACUUCAUAGUAUCCAAAUAUUUUGAAUAUUCGGGAGAAAGGUUAAAUUCCCAUUGGAAAAUAAAGAUUAUUCGUGAUCUAAUCAAAAACACUACUUUACAUUAAAAUUUUUCAUACAGAAUAAAAAGUUUCAUUCUACAAUAACUUUUAAAAUAUCAAAAAGAAAGAAACGUACUUUUUAGAAGAAAGAAGCUAAAAAUAAUGAAAUCAAAUUAAGGAUCACAUUUUCCGCUAAAUUUUCUGAAAAAUGGAUCUUAAAUUUUCUAUAUGUUAUCAUGAAUUUGUCACAAAACUAAAAAUUCCGGAACAGAAUUCCGGAAAAGAUCGGGAUCCUAAAUAUUAAUAUAAAAGUAACAAUAAAAAUUGGAAAUCAAGCAAUGUCCGAUUAAAAGGAAUCUUUUCUACUGAAUCCUCGUUAAUUCUCAUAUUCUGAAUAUCAACAAAACUAAAGAAGAGGGAAGACAUCGACUCGAAGUUAACUUUGGAAGAUCGUUACGUCGAUUCUUCGUUAAGUUAUUAUUAAGGAUCGAAGAAAACGGCCGGAUGCACAAACGAUUAAUUCUCGGCCCAGUGAAGAUCCAGGGAUGCAGCAAAAACCAACGGUGCAUACUUAAAGGACGCCGUUGAAGAGGACGAACUGUUAAAGAGACGUUGGCGUAGCCUUGUCGAUCUCUUUCACAGUAUAAUAAUAAUAUCAAUGUACUUCAAUUAAACACGACAAAAAAUUAGCAAUUCGACUAUCUACAAUAAUUUUAUCGAGACUCCACGUUGAUCAAACAAAAGCGCUCUUCGAUAAAACCCUACCUUUAAAUGUUACAUAAGGAAGAUAUUGUAUCGGAGAUAGAAUUUUUUUUAAACUUUCGUCGAAGGAGGAUGCAAGGAUUUGAGAAGAAAAUUGUUGAUUAGGCACCGGCUUGGUGUCUCUGGGACUCGCAGCACGGUCCGAAGAGCCCGUAAAGUUUAACAAAGCGAGGGGGUUACAAUGCGAAGUGUCCUCUCACCUCGUUCUCCCGAGGACUCCGCACGUUAAAGCCUUGCAGCGCAGCUAUACCAUCGUGCUCAAUGCUAAUUAAUUCAGACGUAAGAUGAUAUGGAGUCUGAAGACGAGGUGGACGAAGAGCUGCCGGAGGUGAAACACACAGAGGUACGAUAAUCCCACUAAAAAAGAUGCAAGAAAAAGAGAAAUGAAGGAAAAUGAAGAAACAAAGGAUGACAAAAGUUAAAUUAUUUAAUAAUUACUAUUAAGUAAUUAUUAUGUUUAUUAACUUAUCAAGGACCAAGCAGAGAAAUAACGAGUGAAAAUGAAGAAAAUAUUAUUGAAAGACAUAAAUACUUGAAUGGUGGACCGGAAUGAUAACUUAAAGAAGUUCGAGACAAUGAAAAUUUCAACGAAACCAAUGUCCUCGAAGACGGGAGAGCGAAGCAAGUGUCACCUGGUGUGCUCGCUGAAUCCCGAGCAACUGGAACCACCCGUUGUCCCCUGCAAUGAUCCUGAUAAGACGAAGACGCAGGAAGAAUCAAAAUUACCUUUAAGCACCAGCAUCAAGACUGAUACGAAGGACAGCGAAAUUGUCCUGAAGGACAGGAUAUGCAGGAGCAAAAGGAUCACCUGCCAAGAUACGAUACACGAGUACGACGAGGACGAUAGUCUCACUAUGGAAAAAGUUGGCAGAUACCUCGAGGCGCAUCCGGACGCGGCGGAGGCCUGGUUUCGCGAGAACGCGAGCCUCGAGCUUCGUCAACGACUUCAGGGUAUAACUGUGGUUCAAACCAAAUCACCACUGAAGAACGUACACCAACAGGAGAAUCUUCUGAGUCGAAGCAAACGGAACAGUGUCACCUCUGACCUGUUCCAGAGUUGGCUGGCCUCCAGUUCACCGGCGAAACGCAGUAGGAGUCCCAGCAGGACUUACACCUCGUUGGUAGGACGAAGAGAAGAGCUCAACAGGUUGGAUGAGAGCGAUUUGUUCAUGGAGUUGAUCAGGGAUGUGGCGAAUGAGUUGGAUAUCAACGUUCUUUGUCAUAAGAUCCUUGUGAACGUCGGCCUGCUCACGCAUGCUGAUCGUGGAAGCCUUUUUCUGGCUAAAGGACCUCUGGAGGAUAGAUAUUUAGUUGCAAAAUUGUUCGAUGUGACGCAAGACACUGAAUUAGAGGAAGCCAUUCAAAGGGCGAAGAACGAAGAGAUUAAGAUUCCUUUUGGAGUUGGAAUUGCUGGCUAUGUAGCUCAAACUAAGGAAAUCAUCAACAUCAAGGAUGCUUACAAGGAUCCAAGGUUCAAUAGUUCCAUCGACAUGAGAACAGGUUACAAGACAACAUUGAUUUUAUCUAUGCCUAUCUGCAAUUACGAGGGAGACGUGAUUGGUGUUGCACAGAUUAUAAAUAAGACUAAUGGUAGUAACGAAUUUACCGAUAGAGACGUGGAGGUGUUCCAAAGGUACCUAACAUUUUGCGGAAUCGGAAUACAAAACGCACAGCUUUUCGAGUUAUCGGUGCAAGAGUAUCGAAGAAAUCAGAUUCUGCUGAAUCUUGCUAGAAACAUAUUCGAAGAACAGAACAAUCUGGAAUGUUUGGUCACGAAAAUAAUAACCGAAGCGAAGGAACUUCUAAAAUGCGAAAGAUGUGCCGUGUACCUUCUAGAUCUUGACUGCGGCGAGGCAGGACACCUCGAAAAGAUCGUCGAACGACCGGGAAAGUCGACGCAAGAGUGCCGGAAACCGCUGUCGAGGAGAGAGAGUAACAACAUCGAGAUGGAGGAUAUUUUCCAACAACACGCAUUGAACGAUGCAAAUAAAUUUACUACAAUCUUCGAGAUGGACAACGAGACUCAGGAAGCUAAAGUCUACAGACCUAGCGGAAGCGAUCUAUCGAAUCCUCUGGGUCAGAUCGCAAGAUACGUCGCUGCUACUGGUCAGAUCUUGAAUAUUGGAGACGUGACCACGUGGCUGAAGAAGGACGUUGUUCAAGCUGGUAGUGGACCCAUCAAGAGUAUUCUUUGUAUGCCAAUAGUUAAUGGGCAGAGAACUGUGAUUGGCGUUGCUCAAUUAAUCAACAAGGACAACGGAACAUCCUUCACGGACUCGGACGUAUCGAUCUUCGAGGCAUUCGCCAUUUUCUGCGGCCUCGGAAUCCACAAUACCCAAAUGUACGAAUCAGCUUGUAAGCUGAUGGCCAAGCAGAAAGUAGCUCUUGAAUGUCUGAGCUACCAUGCGACAGCCAGCAAUGACGACACAUUGAAAUUAACUUCUGAACCGAUACCGUCCGCGGAAUGCUAUAAUUUGUACAGUUUCACUUUCAUUGACUUCGAUUUGACCGACGAAGAUACCUGUAGAGCUACAAUUAGAAUGUUCAAACAAUGCGACCUCAUCCAAAAAUUUCAUAUCCCCUACGAGGUUCUCUGCAGAUGGGUUCUCAGUGUCAAGAAAAAUUAUAGACCAGUCAAGUACCAUAAUUGGAGGCAUGCACUAAACGUCGCCCAGACUAUGUUCGCCAUGCUGAAAACCGGCAAGAUGGAGCAGUUCAUGACAGACCUUGAAAUUCUUGGACUCCUAGUCGCUUGUUUGUGUCACGACUUAGACCAUCGAGGAACCAAUAACGCGUUUCAAAUGAAGACAGAAUCGCCAUUGGCUAUUCUCUAUUCAACAAGUACUAUGGAACAUCAUCAUUUCGAUCAAUGUGUCAUGAUCCUGAAUUCGGACAGCAAUAACAUCUUUCAGAGCCUGUCUAUGGAAGAUUAUAGGAAGGUGAUGAAGGUGGUUGAAAGUGCGAUACUUUCUACUGAUUUGGCUGUUUAUUUUAAGAAGAAAAAUAGAUUCAUGGAGCUGAUCGAUGAGGGAGAAUUCGAUUGGCAGAGUGAGGAGAAGAAAGAACUGCUAUGUGGAAUGAUGAUGACGGCGUGUGACGUGAGCGCCAUAGCAAAGCCUUGGGAAGUACAACACCGCGUAGCCAAGCUUGUCGCCGAUGAAUUCUUUGACCAGGGUGAUCUAGAACGUCUUCAGUUAAAUCAACAACCAGUGGCCAUGAUGGAUCGUGAAAGAAAGGACGAACUUCCCCAAAUGCAAGUUGGUUUCAUCGACGUGAUAUGUCUGCCUUUAUACAAGGUCCUCUCAGACACUUUUCCAUGGAUUAUGCCUCUCUAUGAAGGCACCAUGGAAAAUAGGCAACAUUGGCAAGACCUGGCUGAAAAAGUCGAGAUGGGUUUGACCUGGAUUGAUCGUGACACCAUUGACGAACCUGUAGAAGAAUUCAUUUCUUAUGAACCCAAGGACAUCGAGUUUACUGUCACGACCUUGAACUGUGCUCACGUAGACAGAAAAGAAGUUGCAGAAAAAUCCACGUUAGGAAGAUUCGCUUCUUUAAGAAAAGGAGGUCGAACAUUAACCAAAGGUGUCAGACAUCGAAUCAGUAGGUCACUUUAUGCUAGAAGCACUCCUGAGGAUGCUGCAAGAUCGAAAGCUUUGAUACCUGACAGAAAGAGUCGGAACAAAUUAUGUUUGCUUAUUUGACGGCUUACGUCCACCACUCUUGAGAGCAUACCGGAAUGAUGAAAGAAGAUUUUAUAUAAGAUUUUAUGAAAAAUUUAAAAUUUUAGCUCCGGUGGACCUUGAUAGUGUCUACUGGCUAAUUUAUACUAGCUUGCAACUAGUUAUUUACGAAGAAAUAAAGAUUACCUUGAGCUCUUAAUGUUCAUAGAAGAUUUUGAAGAAUCAUGGUAAUCAAGAUUGUUAAUAGAAUUAUGGAGAUAACUGAAGACUAAUGGAGAGUAAUUCAUUGAGAAUGAAGAACUAAAUUCUAGAGAAUAUAAUGACUGUAUAGUGGAACAAGAAAGAAAACAAGAAAGGAAUUGUUAACAGAAUGACGAAAUCAUUUGUUAAAUAAUGGACGACUGUAAAAAUGAAACUUCUAAAUGAUUGUAUAGCGAAGAAACGAAGCAAUGAAUGCGUUGAAAAAUCAAAAACUAUCAAAGUAAUAUGGAACUGAGAUUUCCUUGAACGAAGAAAAUAUUUAAGAUCACAGAGUCAAAGCUGAAAAUGGGAGCUUGCAGAUUUCAUUCCAAGACUGUUGAGUCUUUAGGUGGGGAGUUAGACGAAUAGUCGAUGGCUAGGUAGUUAGACUGGUGAUGAGUUAGGCAACCUUCAUCGACUUUUACCAUUCAGAAAAAGAAACGUGAUGUAGUCGACGAUGGUACGAAUUCAAUUUUGACAAUCUUUUUUGUAUUACAUCUCGAUACCUUAUUAGGAUAAUUUCAGAGAUAUAGAAUCGGUGAAAAAUGGAAGAAUGGAUCUCGCGAUUUAUAAAAUAGAAAAGAAAAGAAUAGUUGGAAGAUGGGCAUUUUUAUAUAUCAAUGGAAAGGAGACGAAAAAUACAGAAAAAAUAAUGAGAAAUAUGUACCCAAAUGAUAGGCAUUUUUAUAUUCCAAAGAAAAAGGUGAAAAAUAGAGAAAAUUGUAAAAGGAAAAAAUGAAAGCAACAGAAAAUGUUGGAGUCUCGAUGCAUUCUCGACACAUUGCAUUUCGAUUCCACGCGUUUCUAAGAUAGCGCUGAGAAUCAGUCAGCGAUAAAGAUAUGUACAAGGCAAAUUGAUGCUUACGAAUCGAAUUAACGAUUCAAUUACGUCAUUCAGCCACACCAAAAAUUGCGUCUAUGACGCAGGAAAUAAAUACGCGAUCUCGCAUUCUGCAAUUCAAGGAUGUGACUCGCAAUCUUAUUUUUGUAUUUUUCUCUUUUUCUUCUCCUUCUUCCUUUAUACAUAUCUUUCCUGGUGUCAAUAACUUAUCAUUAAUCCAAGUAUCUUUCCUAUUUUCUGUUGUUUUAAUUAAUAUUCAAAGGAUGAUAAGCCAGGAAAAAGCUCAAAAAGAAUUCGAUUAGUCUUUUGUUUCAUUAAAAUAUUAAGUAUUUAUGAUUAAAUCGUAUGAAAUCCUUGUCACAGAUGGUGUUGUGCAAAAUAGAUAUUUUCUUGAUGAAACAAAAAGACACAAGCGUGAUACAAGCCUGGCCGAUCCGUGCUAAUAGUACAUACAGGUAUCAAUUAAUUAUUCAGGAUCGUUCGAGUGCGGUGUUUAAAAAAAAAAUGCAAAUAUGUGAAUACAGCGACAAGAGUGAGACUGGUUUCUAGUCUUUUGAUAUAGCCACUGCGUACGAACAUGCCUGUCAGAGACUAUCGCACACAACUAAAUAAAAUCUGAAUGUGCUCAAA